AUGGCCAUUCCCACCGCUACUGCCGAUGCGACGGCAGUCCCCAGGGAUUCGCAGCCCAAUCUUUCUGGACUGGAUCGCUCCAACGAGGUGGCCUUUCCAAUUGCUAUCGUCGGCAUGGCGGUGAGGCUUCCUGGAGGGGUGAACACUACGGAGAAAUUCUGGGACAUGUUGAUCAACAAAAGAGAUGGUCACUGCAAGGUCCCAAAGGCAAGAUAUGCAGCAGACGCAUUUUACAAUGCCACCCGACCAGGCACUGUCAAGACCUGCCAUGGUUAUUUCCUGCAGGAAGAUAUUGGCUACAUUGACCGGUCAUUUUUCUCCAUGAGUAAGACUGAGGCAGCAAAGCUGGAUCCCCAGCAGAGGUUGCUUCUAGAGGUCGUAUGGGAAUGCAUGGAGUCUGGGGGACAGACGAACUGGCGUGGGCAAAGUAUUGGUUGCUACGUUGGUGUCUUUGGUGAAGAUUGGCUAGAAAUGUCUAGCAAGGAUACCCAACACAUGGACCGAUUUCAUGUUGUAAGCGCAGGAGACUUUGCGCUCUCGAAUCGUGUGUCAUACGAAUACGAUCUACAGGGCCCGAGUAUCACAUAUCGAACGGCUUGCUCAUCUUCUAUGGUCGCCCUGCACGACGCCUGUCAAGCGCUGUACAGUGGCGAAUGUUCCUCGGCCGUUGUCGCCGGAUCGAAUCUUAUAUUGACACCCACCAUGACCAUGUCCAUUUCCGACAACAUGAUCGUAUCGCCUGAUGGAAUUUGUAAGACUUUCGAUGCUUCUGCUGACGGUUAUGGCCGAGGCGAAGCGAUCAACGCCAUCUAUAUUAAGCCCUUGGCGGAAGCUCUGCGACAAGGGGACCCUAUCCGUGCAGUCAUUCGAUCCACGGCCGUGAAUUGUGACGGAAGAACACCAAGCAUCACAACACCUGGCUCAGAAGCUCAGGAGCGUCUUAUUCGACGUGCUUAUCAAAAGGCUGGCAUUGAGAACCUCUCCCAAACAGGGUUCUUUGAAUGCCACGGGACGGGAACAAUUGCUGGGGAUACGGCAGAGACAUCUGUCGUGGCCAAGGUCUUUACUGACGGUAUCCAUAUUGGAGCGGUCAAACCAAAUGUUGGCCAUUCAGAAGGUGCAUCAGGAAUCACUGCUAUCAUCAAAUCUGCGCUCGCGCUUGAAAAGAGAACCAUUCCCCCGAAUAUUCAUUUCAAGAACCCAAAUCCAUCGAUCCCAUUCCAAGACGCAGGCCUCAAAGUACCUCUAGACCCGGUCCCAUGGCCAGACAGCCGAUGUGAACGAGUCAGUGUAAAUUCGUUCGGGAUAGGCGGUACAAAUGCACAUGUCAUCCUCGAGUCUUUCUCAUCCAUGGUACAUGACCAGAAAGAACAAGCCACUGGUGAAACAGGCCCUCAUGUCUUGGUCUUGUCCGCAAAGAAUGGGAAGUCUCUGCAAAAUGCUGUUGAGCAUAUGAAGGAAUUUACCGCCCAAGUUUCGUUUCCAGUGAAAGAUCUGGCUUAUACCUUAGGCUGCAGAAGAGAACAUCUGGGACAUCGAGCAUUCGCCAUUGUUGAUCCCGAUAGGAACAUUUCGGAUUUUGAGACGGCCCGUGACACGCCAUCUAGCGUCACCUUUGUUUUUACUGGCCAAGGGGCACAGUGGGCUGGUAUGGGGAAAGAGUUGAUGUCCACGUCACCGAGCUUUCUGAACAGCAUCAGGUCCCUGGAUCAGCAGUUGUCGUCGCUGAAAAAUCCUCCGAGCUGGACCUUAGAGGAAGAGCUUGCAAGGGACCACGAAACUAGUAAAAUUCAACAGCCGGAAUUUGCUCAACCGCUGUCUACGGCAGUACAGCUCGCCGUGGUAGAUCUUCUUCAGGAAUGGGGCGUACGUCCGACAUCAGUCAUCGGUCACUCGAGUGGUGAGAUUGCGGCUGCAUAUGCGUCCGGAGCAAUGACUGCCGGCGUGGCAAUGGCUGUGUCAUACUAUCGAGGGAAAGCCGUAGGCGAUGCGAAUAUGAAACCUGGAGGCAUGGCUGCGGUUGGUCUAGCAGCCACCACGGCAAGCAAGUACCUCAUUGGGAAUGUGGCCUUGGCGUGCGAUAACAGUCCACAAAGUGUGACCCUUUCCGGUACUUCAAGUGCUCUCGAUGAGGUCCUCGAGAAGAUACAGGCAGUUGAUCCAGAGACAUUUUGUAAACGGCUCAAGGUCUCUGUUGCAUAUCACUCUGAGAGUAUGAAGGAGCCGGGCCUUGCUUAUGAGGAAAUGAUGAAGCCUGUGAUAUCCCAUAAUAACAACAUGAUACCCCUCUAUUCGACAGCUAGAGAGGAUGUCAUACUGGAUCCGACUGUGCUGGACGCAUCAUAUUGGCGGGAGAAUCUGCAAUCCACUGUUUUGUUCAACGGUGCUGUUCAACGAUUGCUCCGAGAAGCAAAAUUACCAACUCUCUUUGUAGAGAUUGGCCCUCAUUCAACGCUUUCAAGCCCGCUACGCCAAAUUCUACGCAAACACGAUUCUGACCAAUCGUCCAAGUAUAUCCCGACCCUAGUUCGCGGUCAGCCACAGUUGAGGGCUCUUCUUACGACUGCCGGGCGCCUUCAUAUCAAUGGAGCACACAUUGACCUAGCUGUGAUUAACGAGACCAAAGAUGCUUCAAUCUUGAAGGAUCUUCCGGCCUACCCUUGGCUUCACGAGGAAAGUUUUCUCAGCGAAACCAGACUGGUUCGGGAAUGGAGAAACCCCAAAGAGCCGCAUCACGAGUUGCUAGGACCUCGCUCUCUGGAAUCGACCGACUUGGAGCCUUCCUGGAGGAGGGUUCUAUUUGCAGGACAUGUGCCUUGGUUGUGGGACCAUGUGUUGGGGAAAGAACUCAUAUUUCCAUGUGCCGGAUACAUUGCCAUGGCUGGUGAGGCAAUUCGACAGAUAACUGGGACGGAAGAUUACACAAUCCACAACUUGAGCAUGAAGACACCACUGGUACUCAAAGAUUCUGAAGCAGCAGAGCUGGUGACUAGUCUUCGGCCCGCCAGGCUCACCAUGACGACGGAUUCUUCCUGGUACGAAUUCACGAUCUCAGCCUACCAGGACGGGACCUGGAAAAAGCAUUGCACGGGGAAAGCAAGAGCGGGGAGUGUCAAACAACACACCCAUCAUGAACAUGUUUCAUAUCCGCGCAUGCUUCCUUCAAAGACAUGGUACGAAGCAAUUAAAAGGCGUGGCAUGAACUUUGGCCCUGAGUUCCGAAGAUUAGAGAGUAUUUCUGCCAAUCCAUGCAGUCCUCAAGCUGGCGCCCGUGUCCAGUACAAUGACGAGGGGGAUUCCAAAAUCACAAGUAUUUACGCUCUUCAUCCAACCAUAAUUGAUCAGAAUCUCCAAAUGCUCGGGGUUGCAAUGUGUCGUGGAUCUUCUCGUCAUAUGACAAAGCUUUGUAUGCCCGUGGCAAUUGAAAGCAUUUAUAUCGCUCCAGGUCGUGGAACGAUGUUUAUCGAUGCCUCAUGCAACCCUACCGGUGACUCCAUCAUCGGAAAUGCAACGAUGAUCUCUGGUAACAAGGUUGUUCUCUCAAUGGAACGAGGCAUGCUUUUCGCCGUUGAAGAGGUGGAUGAAACUGAGCGAAAUGAUUCUCCGAUUGCCCGAAUCGACUGGAAACCACACAUUGAUCUAGUCUCAUUGACUGACGAGGUUCUGCCUAAAAUGUUGAAUAAUCGCGGCUUGUCUCUGUUAGAUGCUGUCAUUAGAUCAAUGAUCACAACAACAGCUGAUAAGAUUCGAUCGUUGCAUCCAAAGACCACCCAACUUGAAAAAUACCAGCUCUGGGUCUGCUCCCAGGCAGAUGCAAUCAAACGCACCAUGAGAAGCGCGAGUUCACUUUGCCAAGAGGAUAAUCUAAUAGAUAUCACGAAAGAAAUCGAGAAAGACUACGUUGAGUUGGUGCCUCUCUUAAAACUUGCAGGCAAGAUUUCAAUGCUCUCAAAUGACUUGUUGGAGGGGAAUGUCACCCUCGAGGAGGUGGGAACUCCGGAAGAGACUUUGUUAUGUGUUUACAAGUCGUUGUCAUCGACAGCCGGGUGUGCCGACUUCUUCUCUCUCCUUGGCCAUUCCAACCCGAUGCUUCGAGUUUUGACGAUUGGCCUAGGCAAUGGGUUUGCAGUGACUCAAGCUUUAUGCGGACUCACGUCGAACAAUGGCACUCCCAUGUAUUCGAAGUGUACAGUCACUGGCAGAUCGGAAGCCGAGCUCCGCCGCGCGAAGGAGACACUAUCUUGGGCCCCUAAAAUUCAAUACAAAUCUCUUGACAUUGCCCAGGGCCCUAUUGAGCAGGGAUUUGAGGCUGAGGGCUAUGACCUUGUCAUUGCUUCAGAGGCAUUUGAUGCUGACAUGCCGAUGUCACCCUCUCUGAAAAACAUCUUUACAUUGCUUGCCCCGGGUGGUCGAGUUUUCCAUCAGGGUGUGUUUUCAAGCAUUCCUUUGGUCGGAUAUGUUAUGGGUAUCUUUUGCGAUUUGUGGCUUCAACAAGAUUUGGCUUGCAAUAAACCCUCCAUUACCCCAGAGCAAUGGCGGAAUGAGCUCAGAGAGAAUGGUUUCGAAGAGUCUGACAUGUUGACACUGAAGGACACGUCAAUUUAUCACGCGGGAACAACGAUUGCAUCGCGGCCAUAUCCAUUGACCAGGCCCAGUUCGAAGGAAAUUGCGAUUCUCUAUCUCUCCACCGUCCCAGAGUGGGCUCAAACCUUGGCAAAGAGUCUGGAGAAGGAGGGGCAGCUUGUUACCUGGGUUGCCUUUGGUCGCGAUCCAUUACCGGCAACAGGAGUGGUCUCCGUCGUAGACUUGGAAGGCCCGCUUUUCGAUAACAUCUCACCAGAACGGUUUACUCAGUUCCAGCAUUUUGUCAGUCAGAUCAAGAACUCGCACGUUUUAUGGCUCACCCAGAGCUCCCAAAUGUCCUGCAAAGACUCUCGGUUGGGACUCAUUCUGGGAGUUGUCAGAACAAUCAGACACGAAGUGACGCCUGAAUUCUAUACCCUUGAGAUCGACGAUUUUGAUGAUGCAUCUGUCAUCGCCACCAUUCGAGUAAUAGAGCAUAUAAACCGACAGCGGGAUUGCUCACCACUGGAUCCUGACCGUGAAUUUGCACUGGAGCAAGGAAAGAUCCACGUCAGCAGGGCCCAUUGGGCUAGCGCUCGCCAGGAGCUGUCUACCGCAAGACCUGCGGUCUGUGACAGCAAGUUCCUAGACAUUGGAUCGUAUGGACUACUGAACACACUUGCGUGGUCUGAACGUGAGACGCGCGUUCUGCAAAGUCAUGAAGUCGAAAUCGACAUGAAAUACGUCGGACUCAAUUUUCGGGAUAUGAUGGUCGCUCUUGGCGUGGUGGGUGACAGGAGUGAAUUUGGUGUCGAAGCUAGUGGCGUUGUUCGUCGAGUAGGCUCAUCAGUAACACAUGUGACCGUUGGCGAUGCGGUUGUUGUUAUUGGCGAUGGGCUCUUGUGUACACGGAAAAUUGUCGCCGCGGAGCGCUGCUUCCCUCUCUCGAACGACAUCAGCUUGGAAGACGCUGCCACAGUGGCUUGCGUGUAUGGAACAGUUAUCUUAUCGCUGAUUUAUAUUGGUAGGCUCCAGAAAGGCCAAUCUGUUUUGAUACAUUGUGGAUGUGGUGGCGUUGGACUGGCAGCCAUUCAAAUCUGUCAGAUGUUAGGGGCCGAGAUCUUCACCACUGUUGGCAAUGAUGACAAGGUUCAGCAUCUCAUGGACACAUUUGGAAUUCCUCGGAACCGCAUUUUUAGCUCCCGAGAUCCUUCAUUCUUACAUGGAGUGAUGGAGCAAACCGGGAAUCGCGGAGUAGACCUUGUUCUCAACUCUCUUUCCGGUGAACUUCUGCAUCUUUCCUGGAGAUGUGUGGCCAAGUUUGGGAAAAUGGUCGAGCUAGGAAAGCGCGACCUGCUGGGGUAUGGCCAAUUGGACAUGGAUGUUUUCGCCGGAAACAGGGCUUUCAUAGGGGUUGAUGCGAAGCAGAUCAUAGAUGAAGACAUUGGUCAAUUCCAAAGUAUCAUGCAAGAGUGUAUGGAAUUUCUCAGGCAAGGGAAAAUAAAGCCCAUUCGACCACUUACUGUUUUCGACGCUGCGGAAGUUAGCCAAGCUUUUCGCUUCAUGCAGACCGGCAAACAUAUGGGAAAAAUAGUUGUGAAACUGCCCGAUGAUUCCUCGGAUUUACAUGUUUCUCCAAUUUCGACAUUCAUAAACCUCCCCUCGGAUGCCUCUAUUGUGAUUGUUGGGGGGUUGGGUGGCUUAGGUCGCACCGUGGCAACCUGGUUAGUCGAGAAGGGAGCGCGAGAUUUGGUAUUUCUCAGCCGAUCAGGAGGAAAGUCUCCCGGGGCACAAUCGUUCUUGGAAGAAAUUCGCAGUCAAGGUUGUUCAGUGACUGCGGUCGCUGGAGAUGUGGCCAAGAUGGAUGAUGUCCAACGCGCAGUAACGGCUUGCCAGAGGCGCAUUGCUGGGGUCAUUCACAUGCCCAUGAUGUUGAAGGAUCAAUUAUUGUCGAAGAUGACUCAUGAUGACUGGCGCUCGGUGUUGGCUUCAAAGGUCCAAGGAACGUGGAAUUUGCAUAAUGCUCUCUUUGACACCAGACUGGACUUCUUUGUGUGUUUCGGCUCCCUGGCUGGUCUCUGUGGAAAUGCCGGUCAAACAAACUAUGCGGCAGCAAAUGCAUUCUUGGAUGCUUUUGUGCAGUAUCGCUCAGGACAAGGGCUUGUAGCGAGUGUCAUUGACCUUGGUCUCAUGAACGAUGCAGGAUUUGCAUACGAAAAUGCACCCAAACUUAUCCAACGUGCCAAAUCGGCAUCGAUGCGAACUGUUGAAGAGAAUGAGCUAGUCCAGGCUCUAGAAUUGGCAAUUUGUCGAUCAGGUCAAAUUGCACUGGGCCUUGGAACCACGAAGCCCCUCUCUAAUCCUGGUGUCGUGCCACCUUGGACUCGAGAUGCCCGCUAUUGCCUGUGGUCAAAUAUCGUCUCGGCCACCGAGCCUGCCGCAUCUUCGUUGGACGGAGACCUCAAGGAGCUAAUGGAGUCUGUCAAAAGCAACCCGCAUAUUUUGGAUGACCCUGCUACCAUAGGGAGGAUUUCCAAAGUCCUUGGCUUGGAAAUUGGAUCUCAUUUAGCAAACAUUGACGAUAUGGACGAGAAAGACAUAAACAACAUGGUGAUUGAGUCUUUGGCUAUGAUUGAAAUCCGGAGCUGGUAUCGCCGCCACCUCGGCUUGGAGUUGCCCCUCGUCGAGAUUUCAAAUGCGCAAACAAUAGGAGGCCUUGGAAAAGUGACAGUGCAGGCGCUACGUGCCAAGUACAAAGAGGCUUCCAGCACGGAGACUUCCGCGGUAGAUACCGCCAUUGCAGAACAGGAAAAAGAUCUCCAGUAUCUUCAAGAUGCGACACUCGGUCAGAAUUUCCACCCUAUCGCAGACAAAGUCGCAGAAUGGUAUGCAAAAUCUGAAGGUCAUGUGCUUUUGAUAGGCGCAACUGGUUUUGUUGGCGCAUUCAUGUUGUCCAUGUUGGUGGCAUCACCCGAGGUAAAGACUAUCACUUGCCUAGUUCGCGCAGAGUGUACCACAGCGGCGAUGAAACGACUCGAAACAGCAUUUGCCGAACUUCGCCUUCCAAUGCAAUCCUGGGACAAGGUUCGAGCUGUCACCGGCGACAUCACCCACGAAGACCUUCGUCUGGGAAAAGCGGAGCUCGUUCAGCUAUCCAAGGAAUGCAGUGCCAUUUUCCACCUUGGAGCUGUUGUCAAUUACACUCUUUCAUAUUCUGCGCAUCGGAACACGAACGUUUUAGGUCUUGUCAAUGUCCUGAAAUUUGCCAAUACGCAUCGCCUCAAGCCUGUUCAUUACUUCUCGGGUAUGGCAGCAUAUGGCCCAACUGGCUUCCUCAGUGGCCCCACAUACGUGCCUGAGAACGAGAGACCAGUAGCUGGCUCCGGGUCUUUGCAACACCAUACUGGCUACUCGCUCAGCAAAUAUGUGGCGGAGUGCAUCGCAUGGGAUGCCAUUUCAAAUGGAUUCCCCCUCGCAAUCCAUCGAGCCGGCUUCGUUCUGGGACACAGUGUGACGGGAAUCGGAAAUGCAGAUGAUGCUGUCAAUCGACUAAUGUCGACCUGUAUCAGCCUGGGUGCUUAUCCGAUUCCUCCAGCUCAGCGCAAUUGCUUCGUUCCCGUCGACUUUGUGUGCUCAGCGGCUAUACAUAUAUCUCUGUCCAACAACAAUCUCGGUCAAGCGUACAAUUUGAUCCAUCCCGAUCAAGAUCAGAAUAUUGACCUAUCCACAACUUUCCACAUGCUCAGUCAAUUAGCCUCGACUCCACUCCGCGCUGUCGAGAUUUCGGAAUGGGCAGAGCUGAUGUCAAAAGCAGUUGGCCAUCGUCUGAGUGGCAUUGCCCCAAUCAUUGCGGAAAGAUUAACGGAAGGGUCAAUCUGGUGGAACAACAAACAGGACUCGAUGGUAAUUCAUGGGACUGAAAAUCUUCACAAAGCUUUAGGAGAUCGACCAGACCUAUUGAACUGUAAGACGAUGUUUGAACUCAUGGAGACAUAUUUCGCCCAGUGGAGCCAGAUUUCGGAAUCUGGUAUCUUGAUGCAUGAUAUUUGA